AUGGCCUUAAGCAAGUUGAGCGUGCGCCUAACUGAGUGUUCCAUCAUCGCUGCAUUGAUUGGGCCCGUGCUUCUCGCUGCGCCGUCAGAAAAGGGGCGAGUAGCUAAGCUCGAAAGGCUGGAUACCCUCUGCACAGCAUUUAACUUCUGCUGCGAGAUGAGGAAAUACCAGAGAAACUACAACCCACCUUCGGGAGCUGGCAGUGGUGGCGCCGUAACAUCGGCUGGGGAGAAUCCAGCGAUGCAGUUACCUGGUCUGUUUACUUCUCCGACCCACCAUCGCACCCUUGCACAAUUUCCUGCACAUCAAAAAGGAAUGCCGGCGCCACCCUUUGAUGAAUUCGGGACUCGGACAGCGGGUACACAGUACCCUCCUAUAGGGAGAUCUCAAGCGUUUGACUGGGCGUGGUGCCGGCGGUUCGGCACCAUUAUCGUCACAAACUGUUCAUACCAGGCCGAAUCCCACUCAAACACCCUUUCGAGCACGACCCGCAAAUACGACCAACAACCCUCCACCGGUCCCCAAAUGGCCAUUUCCGGUGGUGAAGGCCUCGACGGUAAUUGA